CUCGGGGCGGAGCGGGAUGGAGCGGGGCGGAGCGGGGCCGGGGGGGCGGAGCGGGAGCGGGCCGGCAGCGACGGCGGCGCGGAGUCCGGGAAUGGCACCCGGCAAGCAAGGGAAGAGCGCGGGGGCCUCGGAGAACCCUUCGGUGACACUUUUCCGAGAGUACCUGAGGAUCGACACCGUGCACCCCAAGCCUGACUACGAUGCAGCAGUCCAGUUUUUGGAGCGUGUGGGCACCGACUUGGGCUUGGCGUGCCAGAAAGUGGAGGUGUGCCAGGGCCGUGUGGUGCUGGUCCUCACCUGGCCGGGCACAAAUCCCCGCCUGCGCUCCAUCCUGCUCAACUCCCACACCGACGUUGUGCCAGUUUUCGAGGAGCACUGGACCUACCCACCCUUCGAAGCUGUUAAGGAUUCCCAGGGCAACAUCUAUGCCCGGGGUGCCCAGGACAUGAAGUGUGUCUCCAUCCAGUACCUUGAGGCCAUCCGAAGGCUGAAGGCAGAAGGGAAGAGCUUUGCCCGCACCAUCCACCUGAGUUUUGUGCCUGACGAGGAGGUGGGCGGACACAAGGGCAUGGCGAUGUUCUUGCAGCGCCCGGAGUUCAAAGCACUCAACGUGGGCUUUGCCCUAGAUGAAGGCUUGGCCAGCCCAUCCGACACCUACAGUGUCUUCUAUGGCGAGAAGAGCCCUUGGUGGAUCAAGGUGAAGUGCACAGGCAGCCCUGGGCAUGGGUCCCGCUUCAUCACAAACACUGCGGCCGAGAAGUUGCACAAAGUGAUCACCUCCUUCCUGGCCUUCAGGGAGAGCGAGAAGCAGAGGCUUAAGUCCAACACAAGCCUGACCUUGGGGGAUGUCACCUCGCUCAACCUGACCUUGCUGGAGGGGGGAGUCUCCUUCAACGUGGUGCCCUCUGAGAUGGCCGUCGGCUUUGACAUCCGCAUCCCACCCACCGUGGACCUGAAGGCCUUCGAGGAGCAGGUGGCUGCGUGGUGCCGGGCAGCUGGGGACGGUGUCACGUAUGAGUUUCACCAGAAAUGCAUGGACCAGCAAAUCACCUCCACUGAGGAGUCUGACCCGUGGUGGAAAGCUUUCAGCGGGGUCUGCAGGGACAUGAAGCUGCCUCUCAAGCUGGAGAUCUUCCCAGCUGCCACCGACAGCCGCUACAUCCGGGCGGCAGGGUACCCAGCCCUCGGCUUCUCGCCCAUGAACCGCACCCCGGUGCUGCUCCACGACCACAAUGAGUUCCUCAACGAGGAUGUCUUCCUGCGGGGCAUUGACAUCUACGCCCGCCUCCUACCUGCCCUGGCCUCUGUGCCCCCACUGCCUGCCGAGGCCUGAGCCUUUGGGAGGGGAGAGGGGGCAUCGUGCCGCGUCUCUACGUGCCCCUCUGCUGUGGCUGUGCUGUGAGCUGGCCUGAUGGUGACAUGUGUCCUGGCUGUGCCACCCUGGGGACCGUGUGCCAGUGGAGCCCGGUGUGCCCUGUGCUCCUGCAGCCAUCCCUGACCACUUCCAGGGGUGCUGGGGCCAUGCCUUCCAGCUGGUGCCCCUGUAUCCUGACCGUGCACAUUCACUCAAUAAACCUUCCUGGUAAGCAAGGCCAGGAGCAAGCAGGU